UUAACACAUAAAGACAAGUGUGUGCAUCAAGGUGGGUUUCAGUGAAUUUCACCAUCACAUCAAAGAGAGGGGUAAAAAGAAAUGUUCUGCUUGAGGGAUUUUACCGUUUCUUUGUCUUGCAUGGUCCUCCUCUUUGUCUGGUCAAGUCAUGGCUCUGAGAUUAUUGGUGGGAAAGAAGUGCAGCCUCACUCGUUGCCUUUCAUGGCUCUGCUGCAGACCAACAGUCCAGUCUGUGGAGGGAUACUGAUCGAUCCAUCAUGGGUCCUGACUGCUGCCCACUGCAAAGACAUUAAGACGGUGUUGCUGGGGGUGCACUCCAUCGAAGCUAAGGAAAGUGAUUCCAGGCAGGUCACAAAGGUGAAGAAGCAUUUUCCUCAUCCCUGCUAUGACAGUGAAGAGAAUGUCAAUGACCUCAUGUUGCUCAAGCUAAGCAAAUCAGUGAAGCAAACGCAGACAGUAAAAUGUCUCCAGUUGGAUAACACUGUCCAAGACCCAGCAGCUGGCACCAACUGUCUGGUGGCUGGAUGGGGGAAAACAAAAAACAAUGUCAAGCAAAUGUCAGACGUCCUGAGGUCUGUCAAUGUGACUGUGAUCGACAGAGUGAAGUGCAACUCUCCUGAGUAUUACAACUACAAACCAGUUAUCACCCAUGGCAUGAUAUGUGCUGGUUCAAAUGGCAAAAACUAUGCUGAUACCUGUCAGGGUGAUUCAGGAGGUCCACUGCUGUGCAAUGGAAGGCUAGUUGGAGUCACUUCUUUCGGAUUUAAGUGUGGCCAGAUUAAAAAGCCUGGAGUGUACUCUUUUAUCUCAGAAAAACAACUCAACUGGAUCAAAAAGACAAUGAAGAAAUCUGAAAUAUAAUAAGCCCCCACUGAUUUUGUGUUUGCAACCAUGUUAACCACUUCUGUCUUUGGCCCUUUUUUUAUGCUACACUCUCCGUAUCCUAAUUAGAUGCACACCAGGAGGAUUUAUAUCAUAGAUGUUUGCUUCUGCUGCAAUAAAACAAAGCAAAAGAGAUUUUUUUUUCAUCUAA